UUUUGGCAUUGAGUUCAUCAUGAUCUCUAACAUUGUGGAUUGCUUCAAUUGGAGUUUCAUUUCUUUUAAUGUAAUAGAGUUCGAUAGAGAGAAUUCAUGAAUUCUGGUGUGGGAUUAGAACAGAGAAAAAACACGUUAAUCGAUGAGAAUUUGCUUUUAAGUUGUAUAUCUUGUUCAUUUUUGUUUUACAUCUAUGCAGAACAAAUAAAGCUCGAAUCUUUCCAGACUUGAGGAUGGAAAGGGUGUUUGUUUGUUUUGGUUUGUUGAAUUGAUAUUGUCUGUCGCUAGAUCAUGUACAUCUGGAAUUUGGAUACAGAGAAGGAAUUAAGAGUUUAAGAGAAUGCAAGUCUUUGUUUGUUGAAGUUCUGGUUGGCCGAUCAAGAGAAAGUAAUGGAUUCAGCAAGGAGUUGGUUAAACAAGUUGCAACCUCGAGAUAAAUUGAGGUCUUCAACAAGAAAGAAGGAAGAGGCUAGUAAUGGAACAGAUGCGUCAAAGCCACCCACAGGUGAAGAACCACCCUCAAAUGUCACAUCGCAAAAGGUUGCAGCAGCAAAGCAGUAUAUAGAAAACCAUUACAAGGAGCAGAUGAAGAACCUACAGGAGAGAAAGGAGAGACGCAAUAUACUGGAGAAAACAUUGGCUGAUGCUGAAGUGUCUGAGGAAGAGCAAAGCAACCUACUAAAACACUUGGAGAAGAAGGAAACAGAGUACAUGCGCCUUCAGAGGCAUAAAAUGGGUGCUGAUGAUUUUGAGUUACUGACUAUGAUAGGAAAGGGUGCAUUUGGGGAGGUCAGAGUCUGCAGGGAGAAGGCAACAGGACAUGUAUAUGCAAUGAAAAAGCUAAAGAAGUCGGAGAUGCUUCGUAGAGGCCAGGUUGAGCAUGUUAAGGCUGAACGGAAUGUACUUGCGGAGGUUGACAGCAAUUGCAUUGUCAAACUUUAUUGUUCUUUCCAAGAUGAGGAGUUUUUGUACCUCAUUAUGGAAUAUCUACCUGGUGGAGAUAUGAUGACUUUACUUAUGAGGAAGGAUACCUUGACUGAAGAUGAGGCUAGAUUUUAUGUAGGAGAAACAGUUUUGGCUAUUGAGUCUAUCCAUAAACAUAAUUACAUCCAUAGAGAUAUCAAGCCUGAUAAUUUGUUGCUCGAUAGAUAUGGUCACAUGAAGCUUUCGGACUUUGGCCUAUGUAAACCAUUAGACUGCAGUACCCUGCAUGAAAAGGACUUUUCUGUGGGAGUCAACCCUAACGGGUCACAAAGUGAACAACGCCCUCCUGCACCAAAUCGCACGCAACAGGAGCAGCUACAACAUUGGCAGAGGAACAGAAGAAUGCUAGCAUAUUCUACUGUUGGUACACCUGACUACAUUGCUCCAGAAGUUUUACUGAAGAAGGGUUAUGGAAUGGAAUGUGAUUGGUGGUCACUUGGUGCUAUCAUGUAUGAAAUGCUUGUGGGAUAUCCUCCAUUUUAUUCUGAUGAACCCAUGUCAACUUGUCGGAAGAUAGUAAAUUGGAAACAUCAUUUAAAAUUUCCUGAGGAGGCAAAGCUAUCCCCAGAAGCUAAAGACCUCAUCAAUAAACUUUUAUGUAAUGUGGAUCAGAGGCUUGGAACAAAGGGCGCAGAUGAAUUAAAGGCUCACCCAUGGUUUGAAGGUCUUCAAUGGGACAAGCUUUAUGAAAUGGAAGCUGCAUUUAUUCCGGAGGUCAAUGAUGAGUUGGAUACUCAAAACUUUGAGAAGUUUGAAGAGUCUGAUCACCAGAGUCAAACUUCAUCAAAGUCGGGCCCAUGGAGGAAGAUGCUCUCAUCAAAGGACAUCAAUUUUGUGGGCUACACCUAUAAGAACUUUGAAAUUGUCAACGAUCAUCAAAUGCCUGGGAUCGCUGAACUUAAGAAGAAAAGCACAAAAGUGAAGAGACCAUCUAUUAAAUCCCUCUUCGAUAAUGAGUCAGAGUCAACUAAUCAGACUGUACAGGGAAGCUUUCUAAAUCUCUUGCCUCCGCAACUGGAAGUCUCACAAGACCAAAGUGAAUCCCCAUAAACCCUGCCACCCUUCUCCAUGAUAUCAGACUGCCAAGGAGUUUCAGCCAACAGAUUCAAAACCUCCUUUGAGUGAAUGUAUGUGUUUAUAAUAUGUCGCCUAGUUCGGGCUUCAAGUUUUCAUGUGUGGCUGUUUCGGUUUGUGCUUGAGCUGUUUCAUUAUCAAAGUUUGUGGGCAAAAAUGCCCACACAGAGGGUGAGUGGCUUUGGAGAUAUGGCCAUGUCUCUGCUUAAAGUCAGGGAUAUUGUAAAAUUAGAACUCAAUAGUAAAUAUCAAUUCUUUU